AUGAAAGUGACUCUGAUCCUCACAUUCCUGGCCUCCCUGGCCCUCUCGCUGGCCCUGCCCCAGGUGGGACAUGGAUCCAUCAAUGGACCCAGCGGCCGCUUUGCCAUGACCCGGGACUGGGCUUUGCCGCCAGUGGACCUUCAGAAGCCCAUCGUCUUUCUGCGCGAGGCCACGCCCAUCCACGAAGAGCCCCAGGAGUCCCGCUCCGUGCAGACACGACGACGCCAGAUUGCCUGA